AUGGCAAUGCGCUUCGGGUUUCGUGUGCCCGAGGAUCUGCCGCUUGAGAUUGCUCAGAGUGUGACCCUGGAAACCAUUGAGACAUUAGCAUUUAAUAACCUCUUCAACCUCUCUGAAAUCUCAAUCCAGAACACAAGGAAUCUGAUGCACAUUGGCACAAGGACAUUUAACAACCUUCCCAAACUACAUUACCUGAGCAUCUCAAAUACUGGGAUAACAGUUUUCCCUGACAUUACAUCUAUCAAUUCUCUGGAAUCAGAGUUUAUCUUGGAUAUCUAUGAUAACCUGUAUCUACUGGAAAUACCUCCAAAUGCUUUCAAUGGACUGACAAAUGAAUACGUUACAAUGAACCUGUACAACAAUGGCAUCAGAGAAAUACACGACCAUGCCUUCAAUGGGACAAAGAUAGAUAAGCUGCUGUUAAAGAAUAACCGAAACCUCAGAGUGAUCCAUGGAGACGCUUUCAAAGGAGCCACAGGCCCUGGAGUCUUGGAUGUAUCUGCGACAGCUCUCACAAAACUACCACCACAGGGACUGGAGUCAGUUCGGGUGCUGUUAGCUCAGUCAGCGUACGGCUUGAAGAGUCUACCUCCUCUGCAGGGACUGUGGAGCCUGCGAGAGGCUCAUCUCACCUACAACAGUCACUGCUGUGCACUGCUGACCUGGAACACACACAGGGACUUUCCGAUUAAUCCUGCAUGGCCUAAUGGCUCCACAUAUUGUGAUGACAGUGAUCCAUCAGCAAGGGUUCAGCGUGUGAUUGGAGGCUCAGCAGAUACGACUCUGGCUAUGAAUGUGCCCUUUUUCUCAGACGUUGACUUGUUUGUCAAGGAUGAAGGUUUCGGAGAUGUAAAUUUCCACUAUCCAGAACUGGACUUCUGUCCGACCCGACCAACCUUGCUUUGCAUACCUGAAGCAGAUGCUUUCAAUCCCUGUGAGGACAUCGCAGGGUUCAGUUUCCUCAGAGUGGCCAUUUGGUUUAUCAACAUACUAGCUAUCGCAGGAAACCUGACUGUGCUCCUGGUCUUCUUCACCAGCCGGAACAAGCUGAUGGUGCCUCGCUUCCUCAUGUGCCACCUGGCCUUUGCUGACCUCUGCAUUGGGAUCUACCUUAUGAUGAUUGCGACUGUAGACCUGCGCACACGUGGCUUCUACAGCCAACAUGCAAUUGAAUGGCAGACAGGACCAGGCUGUAGCGCCGCAGGCUUCCUGUCAGUGUUUGGCGGGGAGCUGUCAGUCUACACACUUUCCACCAUCACCCUGGAGCGCUGGCACACCAUCACCAACGCCCUGCAGGUAGAACGGCGUCUGGUUCUUACACAGGCAGCGAGUAUAAUGGCAGCUGGUUGGCUCAUCUGUCUGGGGAUGGGGAUGCUGCCCCUGGUUGGUGUGAGCAGUUACACCAAAGUCAGCAUGUGCUUACCCAUGGACAUAGAGACUCCUUUGGCUCAGGCCUUCAUCAUAAUUAUCCUCCUCUUCAAUGUGGGCGCCUUCAUUGUUGUGUGUGUUUGUUAUGCGCUGAUCUACCUGGCUGUGAAGAACCCCGAAUUCCCAAGAAGAAGUGCUGACACCAAGAUUGCAAAGCGUAUGGCUGUGCUGAUCUUCACGGAUUUCCUCUGUAUGGCACCCAUCUCCUUCUUUGCCAUCUCUGCUGCCUUCAAGGUUCCCCUCAUCACAGUUACAAACUCCAAGAUUCUGCUGGUCCUCUUCUUCCCCAUCAAUUCCUGUGCCAAUCCUUUCCUUUACGCUAUCUUCACCAAGGCUUUCAGAAAGGACGCAUAUCAACUCAUGAGUGCCAUGGGCUGCUGUAAAAGCAAGGCCAGUGUUUAUCGUAUGAAGGCCCACUGUUCAGAGAAUACACUCAAGAGCAAUCUGAAAUCCAAAAAUAAUGGAUCCCAGAUGGGAAUGAGACUGUCCGCCAAGCCACAGCAGAGCCAGCAUCUGAAACAGGAGGGAGAGCUCACCUGAAAUUUAUAAGAGAUGACACUGCAAUACAACUGCUUGAGACUGACUGGGAUUUUCUGGAUUUGGUCAUGUUUUUUUUUUUUUUUUUUUAUUUUAUUAGAAAAUGUAUUAUUAGCCUAUUUAGUAUACUUUCAGGUAACUCUGCUAUGGAAGUGAGAGCCCUAUCAAGUCUGAUAUCAGUUCAACCUAGUCAACAGGUCUAACAGGAAAAGCACAGGUCUAAAUAACAAUAUUGAUGACGGCUCUGUUCAGUUAAGUGUCCCAGUGAGCCCUGGAGAACCUAAAUGGAAUGCAGCCAUCAUCAAAGGCCUUAUAGUCCCAGGCUUAGUUUUCCUGCUCAUCACAUGUCAACAUGUGUGCAGUGACAAAAAACACCUGUGUAAAGGUGGACAUCAAUAAACAUAAAUCUUCAGAAGACAGCACCAGAUAUAUAUUCAUAGACCUUAAUGCUCAAAAAAAUUUGAAAAUUUGAACAUCUACAAUUCCAUGAUAACUGGGCAGAGACAAUUUGCUGAAAGCAACACCUCCAUCUCCAAGAGGCUGUUACUAUGUAAACCAAAAUUUAAUCGGAAUCCACUUACCAAUUUAUGUCAAAUAAAAUGUGUGUGAGGCUGUUUAAACGUAUUUUAAUUGACAAUAUGUCAAUUAAAACACAAUAGGCAUGAUUCAUCUCGAAAGCUCAGUAGCCAGAGUUGACCACGUGGUGGAGGAGUUGCACAGACACUUUAACUAUACUGCCAUGCUUUUGUUUUUCUACUAAAGGGGUUUGUUGUUGUUAUUGAGAAUUAAAGAAAUCACCUGCUGUGCUACUGUACGUGUUGGUGGGCUAUAUAUAUGUGCAUAAUGCUUAUUGGAUCAUAAUUGUAAGGCCAUAUUUUUCUGUUUCAAAAAAUAAAUUAAAAAAAAGAUAUAAUUGGAAAAAUAAAAAUAAAAAUCC